CGUGUACAAAAUGAUUGACGUUUUGUUUGUUGAUGGCGUCAUUCGUAUAGGAAAGACAUUACAAGUUCAUGUAGUGUAUAAUUGAACUAAUUUUACUUCGAAACAUGCCAUUGUUCGACACUGUCCUACAGGAAAAACCAGCAAUUGUGCUGGAAAUGGGUUACGCUUUCACAAAACUGGGUUUUGCUGGAGAACCUCAUCCUCGCAGUAUAAUUCCGUCUGAAUUGCUAGAUCAUGAGUCUAAGAAUGCCGGAAAGACAAUAGCAAGCAAAAAACUUUUCGAUUACACUAACGAAUCUGAAUUGUAUGACCAACUAGUGGAAUUUCUGAAAACCAUAUUUUUCAAAUACGUUUUGGUUAGCCCAAAGGAAAGAAAGGUGGUUAUUGUUGAAUCUGUACUUUGGCCCACUCAGAUCCGUGAAAAUCUAGCCAAAGCACUAUUUUGCCACUUUGAUGUGUCAUCGAUUUUCUAUGUGCCAACACAUUUGGUUGUUCUGGCUACACUAGCAGUGGAUACGGCACUGGUUGUGGAUAUUGGGUUCAAAGAAGCAGUCGUAGUCCCGGUAUACAGUGGAGUUCAAGCAGUAUUUGCUUGGGAAGCACAACCUUUGGCUGCCGAAUCGGUACAUGAGCACAUAAAGGGAGAGCUAAUUUUAAAUGGAAUUGAUGAACAGCUUCUCACGGAUUACGUUAUUGAAGAUAUCAAGGUGCGGAGUUGUUUCGUCACAACCAGAGAACGAGCACUGAAAUGGCGGGGUGAAGAGGAAUUUCAAAUAUGCCCCGAAGUAGAUUAUCCCGUUAAAGGAGAUGAGAUUAUCAAGAUUCCAGGCAUUAUUAGAGAAACGGCUUUCGAAGUGCUAUUUCCGGAAGACAACGACCACCUAAAUUUGGCAAACAUAAUCCUCAAUUCCAUCCUGAAAUGUCCAAAGGACAUGCGUAAAGCGUUGGCUGAAAACAUUGUACUAAUAGGAGGUUCAACGAUGGUUUUGGGAUUGGCUGCUAGAUUGAAACAGGAAUUGUUAGCUUUGCUGGAAUCCGAUCAAUACUGCAAUAAACUUUUUAUUAAAACAUUCAAGUUUCAUAAACCUCCAUCGAAGGCAAAUUUUACAGCUUGGCUUGGAGGAUCCAUCUAUGGAGCUACAGAUCUGGUGCUAACGAAGUCUGUUGCUCGAGAGACGUAUUGUAAAAGUCAACAACUGCCGGACUUUAUAAACUAUGAUGAAGUUAGGUCUCAUGGCAGAGCUUGAAAAUGUUUAAAUUAUCUAUCAUCUGAAAACAAACAGUAUAUUACACAAAUUAUAACAAAACACAUUUAUUUAUUCCAA